UCACUCUUGGCACAAAUUCAAAUUCAGCAUAGGUAUUUUAGAGUACUUAUUAUUCGAAGAUAAUUGUGAGUUAAAUUACACAAAUCAAACAAGAUAUUAUUUUCAUUCAAAUAAAUUUAUCAAUUAAAAACUUAGAAUAAAAUCAAGAGUCUAGGACUCUAGGAUCAUCUAUUUCCUUUCAGUAAAAAAAAAAGAUAAUCUAUUUCCUUUAAAAAUUUCUUAAAAAAUAAAAAUAAAAAAAUAAAAAUCUAUUUCCUAUAAAAUCACGAUCUUCCUACGAUUAUUGAGUGACACCCAGUCAGCUCACAGCACACCCCAUUAUCACGUGACACAUCCCUUUUCUAAAUUAUUAUUAUUAUUAAUUUAAAAUAAAGUAAAAUGCAUAAAUCAGAUUUUCUGUUUUCCUAAUUCAGUACAAAUUUGAGACAAAGCCUUUAUAAAUAAGCAAGAAAUAUUCACAAAACAUAACCCAUAAAAAAACCCCAUAUAAUUCAACAAUGCCUUCUCAAACCCCCGAGGUACUCGGGGAUCUCCAACAGCCGUUGAUUCUCCCGGCCAAUGGGAAAUCCAACGUCCCAGAGAAGCUCACCAUUGACGAGAUGCUUCUCAAGUAUUGCGGCGAGUUCGGAAGGUGGCAGCUAAGACAUUUCGUUCUAACAAGUUUAGCUUGGGCGUUAGAGGCCUUUCAUACUAUGGUUAUGAUCUUCGCUGACCGCGAGCCGCGGUGGUGGUGCACCGGGCCGGGCUGCAGCCCGGCCCAGGCCCAGGUUUGUGGGCUGCCAUCGGGCUCGUGGGAUUGGGUCGAUGGGCCCGGUAGCUCCACGGUGGCCGAGUGGGGGUUGGUGUGUGGUGAGAAGUAUAAGGUUGGAUUGGUGCAAUCUUUGUUCUUCUUCGGCUGCAUGAUAGGAGCAGGAGUAUUUGGUCAUCUCUCGGAUUCAUCUCUAGGAAGAAAAGGCUCACUAACCAUAAUAUGCCUAUUUAACGGGAUCCUCGGUUGCUUGACCGCGCUCUCUCCAAAUUACGUCGUGUACACCCUCCUCCGGUUCUUGAGUGGCCUUGGCACCGGCGGGGUGGGCAUGUGUGCAUUUGUCCUAGCGACCGAGCCUAUAGGACCAAGUAAACGUGGUGUUGCCGGUAUGUCCACCUUCUAUUUCUUCUCAACCGGUAUUGCUCUCCUCUCCGGAGUUGCCUACAUGUUCCCAUCAUGGCGAUCCCUCUAUGUUGCAUCCUCGAUACCUUCCAUCGUGUUCAUCACAAUCGUUAUCCCUUUCCUCUCAGAGUCUCCUAGGUGGUACCUUGUACGAGGUAAAACCAAGGAAGCAAUGGAAGUCAUGCGUCAAAUGGCACAUUCUAAUGGCCGGAUUAUCCCAAAAGGCGUCGAGCUUACCCUUGAUGAUAAUGCUAACAAGAACAAUGAUGUUGAAAUUCUUAAAGAGGAUUCAUUUCUUGAAGAAAAUGAGGCAAUGAAGGGCUCUUUAAUAGAUGUCCUAAAGUCACCCAUCACAAGAGUACGCCUUUACUUAGCCUUUAUGAUCAACUUUUGUUGCGCGGUUGUGUACUAUGGACUUAGCCUAAAUGUGGUCAAUCUCGACACCAACCUCUACCUCAAUGUACUUCUCAACGCGGUUGCUGAAAUGCCUGCCUUCACAUUAACCGCGAUUAUGUUGGAUAGGUUUGGAAGGAAGCCACUUACAAUAGGAACUAUGUGGUUUAGUGGGGUGUUCUGCUUGUUAGGGAGUUUGAUGAAGAGCUAUGGAAUAUGGAAGAAUAUACGUAUGAUAAGUGGUAUAUUAGGGAUUUUUGGUAUGGCAGGAACAUAUAAUUUGUUGUUUAUUUACACCGUAGAGUUGUUCCCCACGGUUGUACGUAAUGCUGCCCUAGGAUGUGUUACACAAGCGUCUCAUAUGGGGGCGAUUUUAGCCCCUCUUGUGGUGGUGAUGGGUAGCACGUAUCCCUUCAUCGUGUUUUCGGUUUGUGGAAUCGUUGGUGGUUUGCUAGGAUUUUUUUUGCCUGAGACGUUGAAUCGGCCUUUGUAUGAUACCAUGGCUGGUAUGGAGGAGGGAGAACUAGAGAAGCCAGAUUUUGAGCCAUAGAUAUAAUUUUUAGCAACUUAAAUUAUACGAGGGAGCCCCAUUCCUCAUGGUGAGAAACAAUUCCGUUUCUCACAAUGGCAUUUUGGAAUUUUUUUACAAGUUUAUCACUUAUUGAGCUGUUGAGUGGGAUUUUGUGGGGACAGCCUAUGUGGCAAUGUUGUUACCCAGUUAACAAUUUCACACCUCUCAUCUUUUUUCAAACGAAUUAUACAUGAUCACUUAACUAAACUUAAUUUAUAGCGGAGGUCUGUGAUUCGAACUUGAAUAAACGGAGGUAUGCAAUUUAACCCCAAGAACACUACAGCAAUUCGUUCAAACCGAGGUAAGUGAGAUCGAUCUUUGGGAGCCAUUAAUCAUUGUCAUAGGUCGUGUUGGUAUGAAUUCCUAGUCAUACAACCAAUUUUCAAAAAUUAACAGAAAAUCAAUCAACACAUUUUCAGAGAACAAAACUGCAAACCAUUUUCAGAAAUUAAACAAAAUGAAUGAGCCAUUCUGAGCAACCUCAAACCCAUUUUUACAGAGGGAUUCUCCAUGAUCAAGUCCAUGUUCCUUCAAAAUUUGUUAAACUUCUUCUAUUCGGUUGCCUAAAGGUAUUGAUGGUGGUGGCGGCAUCGGAUGGGGCUGUGGUUGUGGUAGCGGCUGUGAUUGUGUUAGAGAUAUCGGAAAAUAUACGUGUGAUAUAUUUUCCGUAGAUAUCAUUUAAGAGAAUAAUAUAUUUAAUUAGGAUAUUUAUGUUAAGAUAUUAUUU